UUUGAACCUGAAAAGGUGUACGGGCAUACAAUGAACCUGUAAGAACAUGCCUCCCGGAAGGCGAAACGCGAGCCGGUACGGACCGGCUGGCAAAUCUGGCGGUACUUACAGCUCCGUUACCGGACGAAGUAACAGCGGAGAGACAGUUGGAAGUGUUGCGGACGACAAACGAAUCGACGACGUCGGUUACGGUGGAAAAUCACUCGCGCCAAAACACGUUCCCAUGCCCGUGGUUCCGGUCGACGGGCAAUUAGCGUUCGAGGCUUUGUCCUUGGUCAUUUUUGUUGUCUCGGCUUGUCUGCAGUUGCUUAAUCUGUACAGAACAGUAUGGUGGUUGCCGUACUCCUAUACUGGAUAUAGCAUGAACUUCUACUUAAUAGAUCCUUAUCUGCUCGUAUUUAUUUUUACAAUAAUAGCACGUAGUUUUGUUAACACAUUGGUGUAUCAUGUCAUUGAUGUUUCAUUAUCAUACCGAUGGUCACGUGCAACUAGGAUGACUAUGAGGGUAGUACUGUUUUUUAUUGAAAUAAGCAUACUUUCUUGGUGCGUUUGUCACAUGGCCCACAGGCAUGAUUUAUUAAAGAUCUUUUAUUUAUGUUAUCCAAGUUUAAUAAUGUACUUUGUUAUUGUAUCACCUUUUUCCGAUUGUUCCGAGUCGUGCGAAAAGGAAGAACGAAAACAAAAAUACUUGAUGGACAAACCUUUGCACAAUUGCUCAUUAAACGCAUCGGCCAUCAGAGCGGAAGUGUCGACUUUGAGAUCCGACUUUAAUCAACGAUUAAAGCAGGCUGUUUUCUUGCCCUCCGCCAGCGCGUAUGUUUGCAGCGUAGGACCGAUCAUCUUUGCGCCACCUCAUUUGCAUUACAGUUUCUUAUGGGUCACGCAACAUGUGUUCUUUUUCUGGAUCGGAAGAUUAACCGCUUAUCUGGCUCAGACUUAUCCUAUUAGAUACUGCGAUGUGCUACAUAGGGCGGCGAUGCAUCUAGGACGAUGGGUUGUAAUAGAAAACCGUCACAAUCACAUAUGCGCUCAACAAUGGAACGACACGGUAUUGUGGCCGCACGGAUCGAUCGUUAGAUACAAUCGAGAGCUUUAUCGUUCCGAAGGUCUGUGUACAGCAGCGGAACCGGGUAAUCAAAAUCAUAUUAGAUUCCAUGUUUUCUUUCACAAUCCGGCGCGGAUGUUACGCGUGGUGUUGAUAGUGCAAGGAUUGGUAGUAUUUUUUCAACUAGUGAUUCUCUUUUGCACGUACGAAUGGUACCAAGUGCUGUCGCUGACGAUAUCAUUGGUUAUAAAUUAUUAUCCUUUGUUCAAAGUUGGUAGAGAUUGGCUGAUUACUUGGAAAGUAUAUCGUGCCGAGGAGAUAAUUCAAGAAAAAUCUCAGAUGGCUGUAAAUCAUAUUGCUCAAUAAAAUACAAAUAAUAUAUAUAUAUAUAUAUAUCUAUGCGUAAAUUUCUUUCUGAAAUAUGUCUAUUAUUUCCGGUGCAACACAUUAUAGAUAUAUUUAAAGUUUUAAAGAUUAACAAUCACAACAUUAUUCUUCACAUUUUUUUUUUUUUUUUUUUUUU